AUGGCGUCCACUGCCCCCUUGAGUGGAUUGAAAGUCCUCGAACUCGGCGGGCUCGCGCCCUCCCCUUUCGCUGGGCUCAUCCUGGCCGACUACGGCGCCGACGUGGUGCGCAUCGACCGACUCAUCACGCCCUUCGGCCCGCCUCGCGACACCCUGUGCCGGCGCAAACGCAGUAUCGUCAUCGACUUCAAACGCCCCGCCUCGCGCGAUGCCUUUCUCGAACUCGUCCGCGCCGCCGAUGUCCUGAUCGACCCGUACCGUCCGGGGGUCAUGACGCGCCUGGGUCUGGGCCCGGACACCCUUCUCCGUCUCAACCCGCGCCUAAUAUACGCACACCUCCACGGGUUCCGACCGGACGGGUUCUACGGACACCGCGCGGGCCAUGACAUCAAUUAUCUCGCGGUAUCGGGCAUCCUGAGCAUUCUGGGCCGCAUGGGCGAGAAGCCAAGCCCGCCUGCCAACAUCCUGGGCGACUUUGCGGGCGGCGGCCUCGUCUGUGUUACGGGGAUAUUGAUGGCGCUGAUGCACAGAGAGCGCGCAGGCGGCAGGGGCCAGGUCGUCACGGCGAACAUGGUGGACGGCAGCGCUUAUCUGGCGACCUUUCCCAGACAGCAGCACGGACGGCAGAACAUGGACCGACCGAGGGGGGAGAAUUUGUUGGACGGUGCGGCGCCGUUUUACGAGGUCUACGAGACGAAAGAUGGACGCUUUGUCGCGGUCGGCGCCCAGGAGCCGCAGUUCUAUGCGCAACUGCUGGCUGGGCUGGGUCUGGACGACCGAAAAAUGCCGGGACAGGGACAAUGGGAUAGAGAGCACUGGAGUGAGACCAAGGAGACUUUUGCGCGUGUUUUUCGAAGCAAGACCAUGAACGAAUGGAGGCAAGUGUUCGAUGGGACGGAUGCGUGUGUCAGUCCCGUGCUGGAAUUCGACGAGGUGGAAAUGCCGUAUAAGCCGCUCGUCGAGCUGAGCGAGAGUCCCAGUCUGGAUGUCAGUAUGCAAGAGGACUUUCCCGAGUUGAAGAAAGGGGAGGGAAGUCUCGAGGUGCUGAAGGAGUGGGUGCCGGAAAUGGAGAGGAAUAUGGUUAUUGACGAGGCCUCCAAGUUGUUGACACUGAAGCGCAAAACUACUACUACCUCGCACCUAGGUACGUCGAAGUUAUAGUUACGUUAAGAUAGUAUUGUGUCUGGUGAACCCUGCC